AUGAAGCAGUUCACAUCUCUUCUGGCAGCAGCCGUCCUGGCUACUAGCGUCGCGGGCCAUGGUGCCGUCACAAGCUACGUGAUCGCUGGUACAACCUACCCAGGCUAUACUGGAUUCAGUCCAUCUUCAAGCCCCCCAACCAUCCAAUGGCAGUGGCCUGACUACAACCCAACUCUUGACCCAGCCAUGAGCUCCGUCAUGUGCAAUGGUGGAUCUUCAGCUGCCCUCACUGCUACCGUCGCUCCUGGUGGCCAAUCUACCUCUACAAGUGUUCAGGUGCUUUCAGCUCGUGCACAGGAAGCGGUGCUGGAUGGGUUAUUCAAGAUUGACGAGGCCGGUUUGUUGUCUGGUACCAUGUACUCUGGUACAUGGGGAGCGGGUAAGGUUUUGAAUACCCUUCAAUGGACCUCGACCAUCCCUGCCAACCUUGCCCCUGGUAAUUACUUGCUCCGACACGAACUCAUCGCUGUCCACCAAGCCAAGACCCCUCAAUUCUAUGCCGAAUGUGCCCAAAUCGUCGUUUCUGGCUCCGGGACUGCAUCCCCAAGCGGCAGCUACCUCGUCUCGAUCCCCGGCUACUGCAAGUUGUCGGAUUCUAACGUCUCCUUGGAUAUCUACUCCGAAGCCGCCAAGACUGUGACCAGCUGGGACGUUCCCGGACCACCGGUCUGGCCCAACGGCAGCACCUCUACUUAUACUCCCCCAGUUAGCAGCAGCACCUCGACACGACCUUCUUCCUCUUCGUCUUCGUCGUCUACCAGACCAUCGUCAUCUUCGUCCUCAUCUAGCUCGAGCGGUGGAGCACCCCUCUAUGGCCAAUGCGGUGGCCAAGGAUGGACCGGACCCACAACGUGCGCCUCGGGUACUUGCAAAUACUCGAAUGCCAGUGCUUGCCUUGAGCAACUUUUGGGACAGAUCUUUUCCUCUGUAUUGCAAUUAUAUCCUUCAGCUGUAGAACCACAAUUGCUGUCCAAAAAUUUACAUGGUUCAUCUGAAACACCGGAUUUGAACCGUCUAAGAUGA